AAAUAUAACGGAGUCUCUGCUCUGGAGCAAAAAUUCAGAAGGGGUAUUUUCCCACGAAUCGAAGCGUAUAAAUUUCACACAGAAAUCGUACACAGACGCAUGAUUCUUCAGAAUCUAUUACCGGAUUCUUCUGGAUUUGAUUUUUUUGCCAUACUGCAUUGAGUGCUGAAAGAGGACAAUUGCCUAAGAGAGUAUGUUAAUUGUGACCUGAAGCCUGCACUGUAUACUUCAAUCAGGCUCUCCGUUCUUGGUAAGAUACAAUGAGCCAUCAAUAUGGGGAAGAUCAAGAUCGAGUAAAUGUUGCUGGAUUUGAAAUUCCGAAUUCACCAGAAGCAAGUUACAACAACGCAUACCCUGGAAACGAGGAUGAAGGCAGAGAACCGCCUAUGCUACCACAACACCUACAGCACACUUUGUUAAACCAACCAACAAAUAGUAAUAGCAAUAUCGAUCCUUGUGGGCCCCACCUCCCUUUGCCACAGAAUGUUUGUCUGAACCAUCUUUACAUUGAGAACAGAGAGUCUCCGAGAUCGGUAGUUUCACUUGGUGUCACUCAUCGAUUUCGUUCCAAAUUUGUCACUGUUGUGCUUUACAAACCUGUCCCCAGAAGGUGAAAAUAGCAGAGCAGGUGACUUUAUUUUAGUCACCGUUGCUUUUAUUUGUAUAUUUGAUUCGAUGCGGUUGUAGGAACUAGCAUGUAAUGCAAUUUAUCUGGAAAGAAGAAAAAAAAGAUUUGCAUUCAUUUUAUGUGUGCUGUGG